AUGUCCGCCGACUCCUCAAAACGCUCCAACCUGAUAGAUGUAACAUACCAGUCCUUACACCACCACCUCUCGGGCCACCUUGAGGGUACGACGCUCGACCAGCUCGGGGAUAUCCUGAAGCCGCGCGUUGAGCAGCUCAAGAACGUUGCCGAGCUGUUUGGGAAGCCGUCUGACGCGUCGAAGAAGAAGGUCGACUCGGGCUCGGUCACGCUCCCGGACGGAGUCGUUCUCCGCGUCGAGGAUGCGGACAAGGACUUCAUCCACGCACUUAGCAAGAAGUUCGACAUCGACCAGGUCCAGGCACUCAUCCUCCUCCGGUCUUUCUUCUACAAUGAAGGUUUGCCUGCGGACAUCGGAGGCUCGGAUUCGUCGUCUAUGGUCGAAGAGCUCGUGAACGCUAUUACGCCGUUCUACUAUUCGGAGCGGCUACACGUUCUUCGCACUCUCAUUCCCCUAUUCCGUGCCCUUCAGUCACAAGGGACUCCGAUUUUUGAGAUUGCAGAGACUUACAUUCCCAAGAUCGUAUCCGACGCUACCCAGUUCGCGCAGUCGCUCCUCGAAGAGUACUCAAGGAAGACAUACGCGGAGGUACCUGAAGGCGCGCAGGAGGACCCGAGGCAGGCUUCGGCAUGGGCUAAGCAAAACGCGAAGGAGCAAUUGGUGAUGCUGGAGGUGCUGUUCUGGACGAUGUGGGGGCAUGCAGCAUGCAGCGGGCCUUUGGUCGCGAAGAUAUAUGAGACCGCGUACCAAACGCAUCUGGGGUCCCAGCAGCAGAACUCGACGCUCCUGCUUGAUGAGGAGAGCGUUCAAGUUCUACAAGAUUGUGCGGUGAUGUGGAUCCUCAUCACCGUGGAGGUGCUCGAGCUGGAACGCGCCUCAGAGACCGGUGCCAUUGAGAUGUCUGCGAACCCUACGGACAAAGACAUCUACUGGAGCUCCCCCGAGCACCUCAAGCGGAUACACCAAACGGUCAUUUCGCAGGGGAACAGCAACUUCGUAUGCGUCUACAUGGCGUGGACGGUUCAGCUCGGUCGUUUCGCGAAGGUCGCACAUGAGUCGAGGGAGCUGCCCACUUCGUACGGGAGCUUCUUCCAAACCGUGAUAUCCAGCACGCAGUCGCGGGAUGCGGGGCAGGCGGUGGACCGCAUGAAGGACAUCGGGCUGAGUAGCGAUGCGGGCUUGUUCCGCUUGUUGCAUACCCUCCUCACCUCGUCGCCAGUCUUUGUUACCUCUGCCGCAUGGAGGACAGGCUCUAGUGUGACGGAUCCAAAUACAGUGGCAUACAGAUCUGUGAUGAAAGGAUUGCUUAUCUCCGUCGUUGAGUUGGUCCCAGUCGAGAUGAUCGCCGACUUCGACGGGUUCCUCGAAGUUUGGAUUGCUCUCUUCGGUCGUAGCGAGCCUCAGUCCGUUGUUGGAAUCUGCUGUCAGUUCUGGCAAGUGGACUGGCAUGCCGACACCUUCCGUCGUGCCAUCGUGGAUGUCGCUCGCUCGCGGUGUCCUAUCCAGGUCCGACCACUCCUCCGGCUCCUUCGUUCGCUCACAGGGACCGGCUUCCUCGACACAGACCCGUUGUCCACCGUGGACCAUAUCGAGGCAGACGAGCUCUUGACCGCCGAUCGCAACCUGUGCACGCGCGCCGUCUUCAGGUACUUCAACGAACUACCUACAUUCACCCAGGUUGUCCAUAUCAGCCAGUGUACGGGUGCGCAUGCACUUUAUGAGAAGCUCCCCGAGCGGUAUGGGUCGUCGUCGGCCACCCCAGGGCCGUCAUACAUGAACCUCCGCCCUAUCCGGCUUCCUGGUGGCUCGAAUCUACCCGCGAAGUCGGUCGGCAAGCUCCUGAGCAACGAUGGUGGCGACCUCAUUGUAGUGGCAUGGCAGCACCGUCAUUCCGGGUGGAAACUCGUCCUCGAGUUCCUGACGGACUACGUCAACCGUCGCAGGACACACUCUAGCUCGGGCGGGUCGUAUCAAGACGUAUCCUUUGGCGCACGCAACCCCAACCAGCCUCUCGCACUCAAGCUCGAGGACAUCGGUGUCGAGAUGGACCAUAACGGGGACGAGGAUAUCGUCAUCGAUUGCCUCGACCUCAUCCGCAGCGUCGUUCAGGACAGCCCGGACCUAGCGCAAGAACUUCUGCUGUCCAUGGAGAGUGGCGAUUCUGUCGUGUCGCAUACCAUGGCAGAGGCACAAGCCCCUGACCUCGUCCAGCUCACUACAAUGAUUCUCGAGGAGAGUCUCUCCCGUUCCGUUGGCCAACAUCAUGUCGCGCCGCGCACACAGCUCAUCACCUCAGCUAUGAGUGUGCUCACUGCUCUCCUUGCCGUGCCCAGUCACUCUAACCGCGUCUGGCUAUACAUCCGGUCCACUGCCUCUCUCUUCGGAACCGACCGCGCCUCAGGAGUCGCAUCGUCUGUACUUGCCUCCGAGCGCUUGACAGGUCACUACACCAUGACCCUCGCCCUUUUGCGCUUCGUGGACGCGUUAUUCACCGAGGCAUCUUCUACGGUGCUUCUCGUCACGCGCCAAAACCCGAAGCUGCAGCAGAUAAAGGAGGAGGUGCUCAUGCGUGCGACCCGAUUCGUGCACUCGGAGAUCUGGGUCGAGCACAUGGGCUGGAAGUACGCGCAGUUGGGCGACCGCUUCGAGAUCGGGCGACGGGUGACGACGUUGUACAUGCAGAUAUUUAAUCACGCUUUGCCCGCGCUGAAGGACAUGCCGUUCGCCAAGCUGAGCAACGCCGUCGCAGAUGCCCUACUGUUCAAGGCAACAACGUCGACGAUCACCCCGCUCGUGGCCUCCCUGGUCGCCGGGGGUUCGAUCUUCAACGCAUUGUACAACUCCCGUAGGCACGGUGAUGCUCGACGCCUCGUGUAUCUCCUCGAGUCGCACCUAUCCCUUACUCGUAUCCUGCUUACGUACAAGCAGAAAUCAUCCGCUUCCACGAAGGUCUGCCUCCUAGAGCAGGCGCUUUGCAGUCGGGCAGGCCAUAAUUCCUCUUUCGAAGGCAGUUCGUUGAAAUCCAGUCCAAUCGAUGCGUUAGCUGCGUACGUCAAGGAACGAGGAAUGGGACCCAUUGUUCCAGUUACCGCGACGCAGGUUCUCUUUGCCCUCUGCUCGUCCCUCUCCGCCGCCGAGACGUCGACAUCAACGAUUAUUGGCCACCUGUCUGACCCCGAAGCUACUGUCUCCAUCAUGGUUCGUAUCAUCCAGCACCCGUACGACGACGCGCUCCUUCGCGGUGCGGUUUGGAACUUCAUUACUCUGGCCGUAGACAAGGAGCCCGCCCUUGCCCGCCUGUUUGUGACUGGCCAGCUCCGCAUGCCAAAUGCGAAGGGGAAGGAGAAGGCCGAAGACUCGGGUGGUCCAUUGAAGGUUAGCGCGCUGAACGUCGCUUGCGACAUGCUGGAGGAAUGGAAAGAGUUGUGGGAGCCUAAUCCGAAGCUGCUCGCAUCUUUGUUGCGUUUUCUGGACGUCGUAUGGCAGCACGCGCACGAACACAAGGCGGUAUUGGACCCGAUACGCAAAGAUUCCAAAUUCUUCGACCAUCUUGGAGGAAUCAUUGCCGAAGAGCUUGGGCCAGCUCCUGAUUGCGCGACGGAGAGCUACGUCGUCACGGAUGGAGUCGCUCAUUCAGACCAUCACGAAGCCAUCUCCGGCUACUCAUACCGCAGUGCUGCGAAAUCCCACGCUGCUCACAUACUCGCCGCCGACAUUCAAAUGCACGUACAGUCUCAGGGAUCAAAGGACAAGCCGCCAAGCUACAACGCCAUCUCAUCCACUCUAAGGUCAGAGGAUCAAAUCAAUGAACUCAUCCCUGAAGCAGCUGCAAGCUCCUACCGACCUGAGCUCCAUGACGAGUCCGCAGACUUGUUAAAAAACCACUAUCCUACCCUCUCUCUUGACCAUCUCCAAGCACAGGAGCCCAUAGUCGAACGAGAGUACGGAGACGACUUCGCAUUCUCAACCUCUCUAGCUCGUUUCCGCCUCCAGAUCUAUGCGGCCGAUGAUGAGGUCCAAAUGGAGGAAGCCAUCCGCAAUUUGCACACCAUCAACCUGAACUUGUCUCUCGCGCAUGUCCAGACAGCACUAGCAGAAGCAUGGCACUUUCUCCUGCUUCAAGUGAUCCCGUACCUUCGUGGAGACGCCACCGUGCGCCCUCACCUCCUAUGCCUUGCUGACUCGCUGUCAAGGGACCUUGCUGCUGAGCAACGUUCUGGGGAGAUGAUGUCUACUAUCCAUACUGCACGACUGUCUUUGGUGCUGUCUCUGCUAGAGGUCGCUUGGUUCUCUACGUCGGACAAGAAGCAGGAGGUCGAAACGUUCAUCGCUCUCGCCAAGAACGUUCGCGGUAUCAUCCUCAAUCCUGCUCAAUCGCCUGCAAAGUCCGUUCUCGGUCAAGUACCUGUUCCCUUCCAUCGGCCUCUCCUCCAGAUACUCUAUUUCUGUGCUCGUCAUGCAAGAAGUAUAUCACGGAGAUCCAAAGUGCUGAACGCCGAGCAACGUCUUGCCAUCGCUGCGCUUUUGGAUGCCACCCUUGUAUUCGUCAUCGACGCUGUGCGAAUUACAUUCGACAGAGCACGACUGACUCUUGACCUAGACAUCGACCUGGACAUGGAGUUACUCGUAGCUGUCUUCGAGCAGAGCACGCGGCCGGACCUCAACCCCUCGCCCAGUCUGUGGCUAACGAGGUGCCAGGAGACGGACGUCGUUCAAGCGAGCCUCCAGCUCUUCAGCCGCAUGGACGUGGUCGGCCUGUCGGAUGUCGCCCUCCUUCGCGCUCGGAAGCAGCCGCUCUACACUCCUCACGUCUUAACCUUCCACAUGGCCAUGGCGAGUAUCACGCCCGCGGCGGAGCGACUCGCCAGCGAGGGCCUCCUGGUCGCGUACUUGGAGAAUAUAAUUAGCCGCGCCAUCCGCGAGGGCAAGGUCGAUGUCACAAUCCCUGAGCUCCCAGGGGAGCAGAGCCCCGCGCAUCAUACGUACUGCUCCAUGCUCGCCAUCGUCGCGGGUGUCACGACGGCAUUGGGCAAGCAUGGGCAAUAUUUCGAAUCGGAAGUGUGCGGUCUCUUACAGUUCUACAACGAGCAGAUCCACCGGGCACUUUCGUGGACUAUCGAUGACCCGCUCACCCUGCCACUCUUGGAGGAGAUCGAACAGGUCGUCAACGUCUACGCAGCAAUCGCUCGCGGCUCGGCGGCGAGCUCGAAUGAUGCUGUCAAGCGGGUCCUCCAAUCCUUCACCGCCGAUGCCUUGUUGCUCAUGCAACAACUCAACUAUGCGCUCACCCACCCCAAUCACCUCGCCAGUGUCUUUGAGCCUAUCACCUCGGAGGAGCGUACACGUUUCGAGCAAGACCGGGCAUCCUCCUCCGUAAAGACCCCGUCGGAGGCUGUCGACCCCAUGAGGCGCCCGUUCCUCGCACGGCUCAUCCACCGCCUCUACCGUCUGUCAAGCACGGUCUUGUCUGCGUUGAUUGAUAUCAGCGGAGCCGAGACCGUCCUGCUCGGAGAGCCUGAAGACUGGCAGGUGUCACAGGCGUUGAUCGUCCCGCAUUCAAAGGUCGUCCUUGGCGAACCCGCAUCGCUUGGAACGCUGCUGGAACUUGGCAACGCCUCCCUGGACAUUCUUCGGCUCCUGGUCGACCGUCCGCCGACACAGGCGUUGACACCGGCGACGUCGAACGACAAGGCCCUCGAUGUCCGGGACACCGUAGCGGUCGUCCGAAGGAACCUCGAGGCGGCGCUUCUCUAUGCCGUCACACAGCUGGCGAUGUGGCUGUCAAAACCGGAGUUCGACGCACCGUCGAACGACGCCGACGGGGAUGAUAUGGUAGUUGAAGGACAACUAGGAGACUCGACGUCGCUCAAGGAACGGAGGGCGCGCAAGGCGUCGAUGACGAUGGCAGAGCGGCUGAGGAGAGGAAUGAAGGGAGAGAUGGCGGCGGACCUGCAAGCCUUGCUGAACAAGGUGAAGCCUGUGAUUGCAAAGAGCACAACAGUGCUUGGCAUGAAGGACGUGGACUUGACGCAGGCAUUGUUAUAUUUCGUGCAGGAGCGGAUAUCCGUCCCAGCAUAG